AUGAACAUGUUGGACGUAGAAGAGGACAGCUUUCACGUCCCACGUGAAGGCUACUCCCAUCUGAGGGACUCAGAAUGGGAGGUAGUCAGCCGCAUGAGUGUGUUCAUGGGCAAACACGCCACUAGUGGCAUGUUGGAGUAUGUAAACAGAGAACAGCAACAUGCUGCUGUCAACAAGUUCCUAAAAGGGGAACUUGCCGUCGAAAGACAGAAGGUAGCCUUGCUACAGCAGAGAGGCUCUCAUCAGUAG